UAACAAAGAGAAUUGUGUUCAGAUAUACAGAAUAUCAGUGAAGGACUUUGCGACAAGGUGGCCAUCUUCGUGCAGUGGAUGUCCACGUGCCUUGUGUCCUACAUCGUCGCCUUCGUCCAGGGCUGGAAGCUCACUCUUGCUGUCAUCGGCUUCAGCCCCUUUGUCAUCUUUGCAAGCUCUUUAAUGAUGAGACUGGUGCGCAGUGCGUCCAUCCGGGAACUGCAGGCGUACGCCAAGUCAGGGGCCAUCGCCGAGCAGGCCCUGAGGGCCAUCCGCACCGUGCAGGCCUUCCAGGGACAAGAGAAGGAACAGAAGCGCUACGAAGACAACCUGAUAUUCGCCGUCAAGGCGGGAUCAAGAAAAGGCAUCUUCCUCGGUAUCGGCAUGUCCACCUUUUGGUUCAUAAUAUUCAUGGCAUUUGCUGUGUCCUUCUGGUAUGGCGUGCACCUUAUUCAGACUGAGGGGUUUAGUCCCGGAAAUAUUCUGCCUGUCUUUUUCGGGGUUUACCUCGGCUCCAUGUCUCUUGGCAACGCUCUGCCCAACUUGGAAAACUUUUCCGAUGCCCGCGCAGCUGCCGCGAAGGUGUUUGAGAUCAUCGACCUUUCGCCUCAUAUUGACGUCAGUUCCGACAAGGGAGAGAAGAUCAUGAGCCUCAAGGGGGUCAUCGAGUUCAAGAAUAUCCACUUUCGUUAUCCGGCGAGACCGGACAUACCAGUGUUGAAUGGCCUUGACCUUAGAGUGGACCCAGGUCAGACUGUGGGAUUGGUAGGAGCCAGCGGAUGCGGAAAGAGUACGACCAUUCAACUCCUACAGAGAUUUUAUGACCCUGAAAAGGGGCAGGUCGCAGUGGAUGGACACGACAUCAAGACCUUGAAUCUGAAAUGGCUACGAGACCAGAUCGGCGUGGUCAGUCAGGAGCCCGUGCUCUUCGCUGCCACCAUCGCUGAAAACAUCAGGUACGGCAAGCGUGACGUCACCCAGGCCGCCAUCGAAGCUGCCGCCAAAGAGGCCAACGCCCAUGGCUUCAUUUCACACCUUCCUCAGGGCUACGACACGCUGGUGGGAGAGAUGGGGGCGCAGCUGAGUGGGGGGCAGAAGCAGCGAAUCGCCAUUGCACGCGCCCUCGUGCGCAACCCGCGCAUCCUGCUGCUGGACGAGGCCACGUCAGCGUUGGACAACGAGAGCGAGGCCGCCGUGCAGAGCGCACUGGAGAAGGCUGGGCAAGGGAGGACCACGAUCGUUAUCGCUCAUCGCCUGUCCACCAUCAGGAACGUGGACAAAAUCGUCUCCAUCAGUGCUGGCUGCAACGAGGAGGAAGGCAACCACCACAGUCUCAUCGCCAAAGGUGGACUGUACGCUCAGCUGAUCAACCUGCAGACCACAGCAGAAAAGGAAACAAAAACAGACGUCGACGACCUGGACAUUGUAGAAGAUGAUGAUGGCGAUUCUUUGCUGGAAAAAGACUUGGUGUCGCACAAAGUGGGUUUGAGACGAUUUUCCACUGUCUCCGGCCUAUCCCGCACUCUCAGCAUUCGCUUGAGCAAACGCAGCAUCAGGAGCAGGAGUGGGGUGGACAAGGACAAGAACAAGACAGAGACAGAGGAGGAGACUGCGUACAGUCUGAGGAGAAUAAUGCAGCUCAACUCUCCGGAAUGGCUGUCAAUUGUUGUUGGUGUCUUAUGUUCCAUGGCAGCUGGCGUAUGCCAACCUGCUUUCACCUUAAUUCUAACAGAAUACAUCAGAGAUGAGUCUCUCAGCAGUGUAUUUUCUGUUUGCAUCCAGAUUUUCGGCUACACAGACAGAGACGAGCAGUCCCACCAAGCCAUGGUUCUGGGAGUGAGUGUCAUUUGUGUCGGCAUCGCCACAGGGAUUUUUCGACUUGCGCAGAACUGGUGCCUGUCAUCGUCAGGGUCAAAGUUGACGGCUCGUCUGCGUGCUAUGACAUUCAAGGCACUGAUGCGACAGGAUAUGAGUUUCUUUGACGACCCGAAAAACCAGGUCAGCGCCCUGACCACAAAGCUUUCUUCUGAUGCGGCCUUAGUGCAAGGGGCGACUGGGUCAAAGGUCGGCCAGAUUCUGGAAGCCGUAGCCACACUCACCUCAGCUCUAAUAAUCGCCUUCGUGUUCGGAUGGAAGCUGACGCUGGUUGUACUGGCCUUCUUGCCAAUCAUCAUUGCUUCAGAAACUAUGAAGGGAAAAGUUAUCGCAGACUCGGCCAAAUCAGAGAAAUCCCAAUUACAAGAAGCUGGCAAAAUUUGUUCGGAAGCGGUGGACAAUAUUCGCACAGUGGCCUCACUAAACAGGGCAGACAUCUUCAUUGAGCGGCUGGAGUCCCUCGUCGACGUCACAAAAAGGACGGUUGUGAAGGCGGCGAUGACGUACGGCGUGUCCUACGGCAUCUCCAACAGCAUCAUCGUCUGCGCCUACGCCGCGGCCUUCACCUACGGCACGAAGCUGGUGGGCGACGGCGAGAUGGAGUUCUACGCCGUCUUCAGAGUGUUCUCAAUUAUAGUGUUCGGAGCUUCGACUGUCGGCCGUCAAAGUUCAUUCGGUUUCGACUACACCAAGGCCAAGCUGGCCGCAGGCAGACUGUUCACCAUCAUCGACCGCCAGCCAAAGAUCGACAUCGACAAGUCGGGUGGCUUACAACUGAACAAGUACAGCGGGCAGGUGGCAGUGGCCAACGCCACUUUCUUCUACCCCACGCGCCCCACAGUUCGGGUGCUGGGUGGCCUGGACCUGGCUGUGGAAGGGGGUCAGACCCUGGCACUAGUCGGGGGAAGUGGCUGUGGCAAGUCUACGGUCAUUCAGCUGUUACUAAGGUUCUACGAUUCAGAAUCUGGAGCUGUGUUACUGGACGGCGAGGACUCCCGCAACCUUGACCUCCGGUGGCUGCGGCAGCAGAUCGGCCUUGUGUCGCAGGAGCCAGUUCUGAUGGAUGGCAGCAUAGCCAGCAACAUCGCCUACGGCGACAACACGCGGGAAGUGCCGAUGGCUGACAUCAUUGCUGCGGCCAAGACCGCCAACAUCCACAGCUUCAUCGCGAGUCUUCCGCAGGGUUACGACACUAAUGUAGGCGACAAAGGGACACAACUGAGUGGUGGGCAGAAGCAGCGAAUCGCGAUCGCACGCGCACUCGUGCGUAACCCACGUGUCCUGCUGCUGGACGAGGCGACCUCUUCCGUGGACACUGAAAGCGAGCGGGUGGUGCAAGAAGCCCUCGAUAAGGCACGCGAGGGCCGCACAUGUAUCGUCAUCGCCCAUCGACCGUCCACCAUCCAGAACGCCGACAAAAUCGCGGUGAUAGGUGAAGGCCGGGUGGUAGAGACUGGCACCCACAGCCAGCUUCUGGCCACGAAGGGAGAGUAUUACAACCUGCUGCAGCUGCAGGGCAAGGGCAAAGCCGAGUGACCACGUGACAAGAACAAGAUGGCGUCUGUCAGCUUAAGUUAGCGUUCAUUAAGUGAAACCUGAUAGCGGUAAAUAGCCUAUAGGAGUAGAGGUAAGUAAAUAACUGUAUAAUAAAAACUUUUUUAAAAAAGCGAACGGACACUUUCUGAUGAGAUACUGGGAAGUGACGAAAGAAGGCUUGCGUGCAGACACACACACAUGUAUGAAAUAUCGUUGUAUAAGAACAUAAAUGUCGGUGUGAUUAAUAAUCAGGCCGUAAAAACCAGCAACCUCACACUGGAUUAUUCUAUAACUUUAGAAAUUGGUUUUCACUUAAUAAUGAGAGCUACACACGGGUAUCGUCUGCCCGAUCUGAUGUUUGUCUUCGUAACCUGUUCCGCAGCUGAAAUAAAUAAACACUGAUAAAAUGGAGGCGACUAACUUAUUUGUAAAAAUGGGAGAUAACUCUGAAAGGUAAUCUCCAGUGGCGUAUAGACGGCUAUCUCCCUUGGACUAAUCGUCAACCAUAAAUAUUUCAGGCCACCCGCCAACAUUUACAGAUGUACACGAAUGUGUAGGGGCUUGUGACAGUUUUAUCAUGAUGAUUAAACAUGAAAAAACCCACAGCCAGACAUGAACAAGCUCAGCAACAUGGCGUCAGUCCUACGAAUGGCUUUCGUUGUCUGGUUGUCUGUCGGGGAUAUCGCACUAUAAAGAUGAAAAGGUGGGUGUUUGUGAAUUGGGAAACACGAAUAACUAGGGACAUCUCACCACAGGGGGCUGUGAUCAUGUGUCACACCCAGAGAGGAGUUUGUGUCCCGAGACAAAGUCUGUGUGGAGAACAUUCCUUGGCGUUUACCAAGUGUCCGAUUUUAUCCUUGGUGUUACUGAGUUUAGACAGGCUGUUCAAGUUAUUAUCAAAGGGCAACGAAAGUUCCACUAAAAUUAUAGCUCUAAAUCUCUUUCAUUAAAAUUUUUAGCUACAAAAAAGGCCGAGCAUCUUUCAAUGCCAUUGGGUUUUUACCUGCAGUAAGAUAUCUGAAAAAUGAUUCAUAAAGAUAGGUUGUUCUGUAGAACAUUCUUGGGUGUGAAGGCACACCUUCAAUGUAUUUUGAGAGUCUGCAGCUGUCAGUA